GCUGGAAAGGGCAUCGUGGCCCUUGCGGCCUACGCAGAGUUGCUCAAGCUUUCGGGGCAGGAGAGCGAGUCGGCCAAGUAUCAGAAGCUCGCGCAGGGCUUCGUCAAUGAUUGGCUGCAUGGAGCAGCUGACGGGGACCAUUUCCGAAGGCAAUAUGAUCUUCCUGGAACCUGGUCCCAGAAGUACAAUCUGGUAUGGCAGAAGGUGCUGGAUCUCCACGGCCUCUUCCCCGACAGUGUUUUCGAGAAGGAGGCCGUUGAGUAUGGAACCCGUCGACAGAGCUACGGCAUUCCGCUGGACGAUCGUCACAACUACACAAAGGCCGACUGGUCCACAUGGUCGGCGGCUUUCUACAAGCAGGCGUAUCUGAUGGCCUUGCGUAAGCACGUCUAA